AUGGGCGGUAAUGGACGGUUCUUGACGUUCAAGAGCUUCCGAUCCAUUGCCCGGCCCGCGCGGCCCCCGCCCUCGGACCCGCCCCCGGGGGUCGCCGGGCCCCAUGCCCUGCGGCGGCGGCGGAGCAGCGCGCGGCCACGGGCGGCUCUGAGAAGCCCGGAGGGAGCCGGCGACGAGGGGACCAUGUACCGGGACCCGGAGGCGGCCAGCCCAGGCUACAAGCACGUCACCCAGCCUGAGGACUUGCUCUCAGAGGAGUCCCGGCGGGGUCUGACCUAUGCAUGUCCUCCCUCCCCAGGGGCGCCCACCCGCGACGUCCUGCUGGUCUCGGCCAUCAUCACCGUCAGCCUUAGCGUGACUAUCCUCCUCUGCGGCCUCUGCCACUGGUGUCAGCGCAAACUGGGCAAGCGCUACAAGAACUCCUUGGAGACGGUGGGCACGCCAGACUCAGGGCGCGGGCGCAGUGAGAAGAAGGCCAUCAACGAUCUAGACAGAGACUUUUGGAAUAACAAUGAGAGCACAGUGCAGCAGAAAUGGAGCUCCUACCCUCCCAAGGAGUUUAUUCUAAACAUUUCACCCUACGCCCCUUAUGGCGACCCACGACUGUCCCUCAAUGGCACCCUCCUGUCCGGCGCCAAAGUGGCCGCCGCAGCGGGGCUGGCGGUGGAGCGGGAAGGCCGGCUGGGGGAGACGCCGGCGCUGGUGCCACCACCCGGAGAGGACGCCUUGAGAAGCGGCGGCACUGCCCCCAGCGAGCCGGGCAGCGGUGGCAAGGCGGGGAGAGGCCGCUGGCGGACGGUGCAGAGCCACCUGGCCGCGGGGAAGCUCAACCUGUCCAAUUUCGAGGACUCCACCCUGUCCACGACCACUACCCUUGAGUCUAUCCCCAGCUCCACGGGAGAGCCGAAAUGCCAGCGACCCCGCACCCUGAUGCGGCAGCAGAGCCUGCAGCAGCCGCUGAGCCAGCACCAGCGGGGCCGGCAGCCCAGCCAGCCCACCACCAGCCAGAGCCUGGGCCAGCUGCAGGCCCACGCGGCCUCGGGGCCCGGCCCCAACCCCCGGGGCUACGGCCGGGGCCAGGCGCGGCAGGGCGCCUCGGCCGGCUCCAAGUACCGGGCGGCCGCUGGCCGCAGCCGCUCCAACCCGGGCAGCUGGGACCACGUGGUGGGGCAGAUUCGAACCCGAGGCUUGGACAUGAAGUCCUUCCUGGAAGGCCGGAUGGUGGUGCUAUCCUUGGUCUUAGGGCUUUCGGAACAGGAUGACUUUGCCAAUAUCCCUGACCUGCAAAACCCAGGAACCCAGCAGAACCAGAACGCUCAGGGGGACAAGAGGUUGCCUGCAGGAGGGAAGGCGGUAAACACGACUCCAGUGCCCAGCCAGACGCCUCACGAUGAGUCUGACCGCCGGACCGAGCCGCGCUCCUCCGUCUCGGACCUCGUCAACUCCCUCACCAGCGAGAUGCUCAUGCUCUCCCCAGGCUCCGAGGAGGACGAGGCCCACGAGGGCUGCAGCCGCGAGAACCUGGGCCGCAUCCAGUUCAGCGUCGGCUACAACUUCCAGGAGUCCACGCUCACCGUGAAGAUCAUGAAGGCCCAGGAGCUGCCGGCCAAGGACUUCAGCGGCACCAGCGACCCCUUCGUCAAGAUCUACCUGCUGCCGGACAAGAAGCACAAGCUGGAGACCAAGGUCAAGAGGAAGAACCUGAACCCCCACUGGAACGAGACCUUCCUCUUCGAAGGUUUCCCCUACGAGAAGGUGGUGCAGAGGGUGCUCUACCUCCAGGUCCUGGACUACGACCGCUUCAGCCGCAACGACCCCAUUGGGGAGGUGUCCAUCCCCCUCAACAAGGUGGACCUGACCCAGAUGCAGACCUUCUGGAAGGAUCUGAAGCCAUGCAGCGAUGGGAGUGGGAGCCGAGGGGAGCUGCUCCUGUCGCUCUGCUACAACCCCUCUGCCAACUCCAUCAUCGUGAACAUCAUCAAAGCCCGGAACCUCAAAGCCAUGGACAUCGGGGGCACGUCAGACCCCUACGUGAAGGUGUGGCUGAUGUACAAGGACAAGCGGGUGGAGAAGAAGAAGACGGUGACGAUGAAGAGGAACCUGAACCCCGUCUUCAACGAGUCCUUUGCCUUCGAUGUGCCCACGGAGAAGCUGAGGGAGACCACCAUCGUCAUCACCGUCAUGGACAAGGACAGGCUCAGCCGCAACGACGUCAUCGGCAAGAUCUACCUGUCCUGGAAGAGCGGGCCCGGGGAGGUCAAGCACUGGAAGGACAUGAUCGCGCGGCCGCGGCAGCCCGUGGCCCAGUGGCACCAGCUGAAGGCCUGA